CUAGCAUCAGUAAUGGACCCUCUUGGCAGAGCUCAGGUACUCCUCCUCUGUGACCUGUGUCAAACAGCCGCAUUACAGAGUCAUUGUGAACAUUGUCAGAUUAACCUGUGUACGGCCUGUGUAGAGGGGCAUCUCUCUGAUUCAUCUAAAAGACAUAAUGUUGUGCUAUACAAGCACAGAAAAUCUGCUACUUAUAACUAUCCAAAAUGUCCAAACCACACCCAGAACCACUGUGAACUUUCCUGUGAACAAUGUGACAUCCCUGUCUGUUCUACCUGUAUCUCCACAUGUAAACAUGAAGGACAUAAUUUAUCAGAUGUGUUACAAAAAAUAAGCACAAAAAUAAAACACAUGGAAAAAGAAUUAAAAGAGCUUGAGACUAGAAUUUACCCCAUAUAUGAAGAAAUUGCUUCAGGCAUAAACACCAAGAAAGAAAAUUUGGAAACACACUACAGUAAAUUAACAACAGCUAUAACCAAACAAGGAGAAGACUGGCACAGAGAAAUUAACAUCAUUGUCAACAAACAGAAAUCUGAAAUUGAUGAGAUGAAAACUAAACACCUGGCUACUCUACAUGAACAUGAAAAAGAAGUCAAAAAGAUUAUUUCUGAAGUGAAACAGAGUAUUGUUGAUCUGAAGAAAAUACUGGACUCCAAUGAUGUCUCCCUAACCUCUGCAUACAAAUUCAGAAAUGCGGAUUUCAGAUGUUUACCUCCAGACCUCAAGGUUACAUUACCCAGUUUUUCUCCUCAUCAAAUCAAUACAGAACAGCUCAAACAAAUGUUUGGCUCUCUGUCAGCAUUAACCAUUACAACAGAAGAAUGUAGUUACACAAUUAAACCACUUCUUAAUGAACCAGAGCUCAUCACAAUCAUAAGCACUGGGUAUGUACUUCUAACCAGUGUUACCUGCCUGAGUGAUGAGGAAAUCUGGACACGUAGCAAAAACAAAAUCAUGAAACUCUACAACCUCAAGGGUAAACAACUUAAAUCAAUCAAAACCAAGUCUGGGAACAUACCACGUGAUAUAGCAGUGACAAGAAGUGGAGAUCUAGUUUAUACUGACUGUGAUGCAAGAACUGUAAACAUAGUGAAAAUCAAUAAACAGAUACAGGAAGUGAUCAGACUACAGGGGUGGAAACCUUACUUUGUCUGUGGUACCUCCUCUGGUGAUCUCCUGGUUACCAUGGUCAGUGACAAUAAAAAACAAUCGAAAGUUGUCCGUUACUCUGGCUCCACAGAGAAACAAACCAUUCAGUAUGAUAGUGAAGGUAAACCUCUGUAUUUAUCUGGCGACCUUAAAUAUAUCAGUGAGAACAGGAACCUGGAUAUCUGUGUGGUUGAUGCCAGUGCAGUAGUGGUAGUUAAUCAGGCAGGAAAACUCCGCUUUCAAUAUACUGGUUAUCCCUCUACUACCAAGGGAUUAUUUAAUCCAUUUGACAUCACAACAGACAGCCAGAGUCAGAUCCUGACAACCGAUUGUGAUAAUAACUGCAUCCACAUCCUAGAUCAGGAUGGACAGUUCCUCCGUUAUAUUGAUAAUUGUGAUCUACAGCUUCCACAUGGUUUAUGUGUAGACACCAGAGACAACCUCUUUGUAGCUGAGUAUUUCAGUGGUAAAGUGAAGAAAAUCAAAUACAUGUAAACACUGCAUUUUUUCAAGAAAUGACAGUGAAUAAGAUUCAGUCAUGCACUGAGAGUUACAUGUAAAAGUUGUCUGACUUAAGAAUAAUCAAACCAAAUUAUA